CUGGCAGUGUGCUUUUGCUGCGGCGACGGUUUCGCUUGUUUCGCGAAGACGUGCAGCAGGCAUGCGAGUGCGCAGCAAUGUCCAGCGGUUCCAAUGUGUGCGUUGACACACGUGCGCGCCAAUCUCCGUGGUUGUUAGCGCUGCACCCGAGAAACUCGGCAGCUGAAUCGGUGCCCGCGAUGGUUCCUCCCGAAGACAACAUCGGCGGCUCGGGCGACGAGGUCGCCGUGCCGGAUUCUUCUGCGACCGUGGCUUCUCCCACCGGCGUCAUGUCCGAACGUUCGCGACGGUUCGUCGAGUAUGCGUCUGUCGGGAUACUGUUCUUCAUCAACCUCAUAAACUACAUGGACAGGUACACGGUAGCAGGAGUGCUGGACCAGGUCAUAGACCACUACAAGCUAAUGAACUCCCAAGGAGGGCUGCUGCAGACGGUGUUUGUGAUAACGUACAUGCUAACAGCACCUGUGUUUGGCUACCUGGGUGAUCGCCACAGCCGUCGAGCCAUCAUGGCUGCUGGCGUCUUCUUCUGGAGUGCCACCACUCUUCUCGGUUCCAUACCACCAAAGAAGUUUGUGCUGUUUGCUCUGCUGCGUGGCCUGGUGGGCAUUGGUGAGGCUAGCUACUCCACUGUGGCCCCAACAGUCAUAGGGGACCUCUUCUCAGGACCACGCCGAAGCAAAAUGCUGGCAGUUUUCUACUUCGCCAUCCCCGUCGGCAGUGGUCUCGGCUACAUUGUUGGUGCAUCUGUGGCAGAGGCGCUGCAUGGAUGGUACUGGGCCCUCAGGGUGACUCCCGUACUUGGUGCGGUGGCAGUGCUGCUGGUGUUGUUUGUCUUGCGCGAGCCUCUGCGAGGUGCCAGUGAAGGGGCCACCACCAUGGGUCCUUCUACGCUCAAGGACGACCUGUUUUCCCUGAUUGCCAACCGCUCGUACAUCUGGUCCACGCUGGGCUUCACGUGUGUCACGUUUGCCACGGGUGCCCUGGCCUGGUGGGCACCCAGCUACAUGACGCACGCCCUCCAGCUGCACAAUCCAGAUGGCAAGGCUGAUGAAGGAAGGGUGAACCGCAUCUUUGGCAUCAUCACCACUUUGGCGGGCAUAGUGGGUGUGACCACGGGCAGCGCCCUGUCCUCACACUUCCGCAAGUGGUCGGUGCGGGCCGACGCCAUCAUCUGCGGCUCGGGCAUGCUCAUCAGCGUGCCCUUGCUGUUCGUCGGUGCCAUCAUCGCACAUCGCAUGCCAAACGUCACCUGGGUGCUGUUCUUCUUUGGCAUGACAGCUAUCUGCCUCAACUGGUCUAUAAUUGCCGACAUUCUUCUGUACAUCCUUGUGCCUUCGCGGAGGGCCACUGGAGCUGCCUUCCAGAUCCUGACGUCUCAUCUGCUGGGUGAUGCCAGCAGCCCAUAUAUUGUUGGCGUGCUGUACGACGCAAUCCUGGCCGGCCGGACAGACGUUUCAGCGCACUACUAUAGCCUGCAGUACGCGCUGUUUCUGCCCGUGACUGUGCUGGUGCUGGGCAGUCUGUUCUUUGUCAUCCUUUCGUGGCACAUCGUGGCCGACAGGGACCGCUGCACUGCGCUUACCCGAGAGAUGCUCAAGGGCUCGUCAUGCGUUGACGACCCCUUGGACUGCAGUGAUGUCACCUCCUGCACUGUGCCCUUGCUGGAAGACAGAGUCGUGCGGAGGAAAGAGCGUGUGGACUGAUUAUGCGUUGCACGCCACUUUGUGCAUCCUGUAGGAUGUGCGCUUGACCACGUGUGCCUCAUGACUGACUCACUCAGUGCCAGCUCUCUGAGAACUUUAGGGAAUUGUGUGUCUGGGCUGCCUACUCUUCUUUUUUAAGGUUUAGGGGCAUUUCAGGUGCUGUAGUACUGUGAGAGUGUACCUUGUUGUUGCCAUCAACCACAUUGACACUGGCAUUGAGGCCUUUUACUCUUGACGUCGGGGACCUCUUUGCCUCGCACACCAUUUUUGAUAAUUUCCUAUUUUCCUAUGCAGUUCAGACACUGUAAGGUACAACACUUACGGCUAUGGACUUGUGGUAUGGUGUACAUGUUCUUUGUCUUGCUAUUUCAAACUCUAUAGUAGCUUAUUUUAGCUUAUUUUAACCCCCUCACACAAAGGUGCUUGGAGUGCUGAGAUAUUUGCAUUGCUAUAUGCUUUUUUCGACUUUGUGACAUUGGAAAGUACUGUCUUGGACAAAUGAAACCUUAGUGGGAAAAAUUCAAAUCAGAAAUUCAAAAUCACAAGAGUGUGAUUGAGAUGUAAGAUAUGUCUGCAUGCAUGAUUGAAGUUUGAUGUGCUUUCUUUAUGUUGGAAAAAAAUGAACUGAAGCCCUAAGCAUAAAUUGCAUGAACAAAUUUCCGUGCACAUUUUAUGCUUACAUUUGAAUAGACCUUGUUGUGUUUAAUUUUUACGCUUCAAUAUGUUUUAAGAGUUGUGUAACUAUUAUAAACUUUUCGUUUACUCAUACCAUUUUAAAUACCGUAUUUACGGAAUUAUAGCACGACCCUAAUCUAACACGCACCGAGUUUUCGCGAGUGUACAGUAAGAAAAUAAAAGUGCACCUGCAUUUAACCUGCCGCCGAUUCAUAAAUGAAAAACACAGCAUGCCUCUCACAUAUGCGAUCAGAUAAAAACGAGGCGUGCAGAAUUUCUCUUCACAGAUUGGAAUUUUUUUUAACAAGCUUUUCCUAGUAAAAACGGCGCGUCAUCGUCGCCAUUUGUGCUUUGUUGACCACGGAUACCAAGCACACAGGAGCGGUAUUCUCGAGCAAUCACUUUUAUAGAUAUGUACUGCUAUAUCACUUUUGCGAGACUCUGCGUCGGACUUAUCGCAGUAUGCGUGCAACAGCAUUCUUGGCACUGAUCGUAGUUAGCAAGCUUGGCAGAGCGCCAGAAACACUGACGGCUGAUUAUACCCACAAAUCCGGUGCCGAGCUACACGAAAUCUCGCGAAAGUGAUAGUGUCUCUGAAAGUUAUUGGCCGACAGCAACCUUCGUAAAAGCAUGCUCUGUCGCCAUUUUAAUGCAAUAGCGUUAAGAGCCCCAUGUCACAGACAAUCCGGCGUCGGCGUCAGCUUCGGCGUAAGCUUCAGCAUCCGUGGCAUCCGUGGUGGAGAAAUUCAUCUCGAACCACCCCCACCACACAGGCCUGCCGCAUGGUGCAAGGGGUUAGUAGUGAACAAAAUGGAAUUUCUCAAAGUAAAACCCGUCAGAAAGAUAGUAAAGUAUGACUUAACUACAACGUACAGACAUGAUAGUGCCGGAUUGUAAUUUGAAUAUAUGUGAAAAAAGCCUGAUAAGCAGCCCAGGAUCUUUGAAUGCUAUCGCGUUCCACUCUUAAAGGGGAAGCUUAAGCGUCCUCCAAUUCUGAUGGUGCGUGGCUCAGGCAAGUUUUUGAUGUUGAUGACGUUGCCUCUGACGGCUCUGACGUUAGACUGUUGUCGCAAACACAGUUAUAGUUUUGUAUCCAAUUGAAACGGCCAGGCAAUUUUCGGACCCAUUUUCUCGGAAAAAAGGUGCACGUUAGAUUCGGUAAAAUACAAUAAUACAAAAAGGAAGCACAGCUGUGUGGGACCAUAGUGAGCAUUUAUUGCCAUCCAAUUCAUCACCAAAGACAUGUUGCAAGUGCUUCGUGAAGCAAGUGCGGUGGUACCCUGUUGGCACCAUAGUCUGCUGUACUUUUGGGUCUUUCUUGCUGUCCUCAUUGUCAUUGGUCUCUACAGCAGUACUGUCCCUCUUCUCAUCUCAUCAUGGCAAUAUUUAGAUAUCACUUUGCCAUUUCCGAGAUUACUCGCCAGUUCUGGGCAUCUUCUGAAGUCUCAAGUCAAGAUACUCCAGUAGCACUGAACGCUCGGUUCGGAUGUGCUAACAGGUUUUCCUUACUUCACUUAUUUUAAUUUUACCUACAUUCUAUGCAGGUACUAAUUGUGGCAAGCACGAUAUCAAACUGUUUUCUCUAAAGUUUAUGUGCAAGUCAGCACCAAGUGUAGACUUGAAAGGUUUCUGGCAUUGGAAGGGACAAUUCAACUAUGUUCUGCAUUGAUUGAACUCAACCAUGUGCUGAUAUUAUCUGUAUGCUAAACUAAAAAUUGUUUACAUUAUCGUGCCAUUUUUUGCUGUAGUCAAGGUAAACAUGACAGUGCAAAUAAAUGCAUUUCUAGCUUGCAUAAAGAAAAGGCACAAAAUUGAGCCAAUCUCCAGCUCAGUAUCACAGUAUCAGCUCUGUUCAUGGCAUCCCACGAAGUUUCAGCACUUUAGCAAAUUUUCGCAUUAAAACCCCAACAAAUUGGUUGAUUACCUGCAAAAGUAUACUUUGGCAUAGCAAAUUUAUUCACAAAUAUCGCAAUAAAUUUUUGUUAGCACAUUUUUAACAGAUUCAUGACAAUAUAUUUAUGUGUUAGUGGAGUCUUAUGCUUUGGCAGAAUCACAGCCAUGGUUGGCAGUACUGUGAUAAUGUAGAUGUUGUGGUGCAGUGACUAUUAGCAGACUCUCUUUGUUCAAUUUUAUUGUUAGUGGAGGUGCAUUUUUUGAAGCAGGUUCAAUAAGCGCCUUCUUGCAUUUACAUUGUUGCUACAGUAAUGACUUACUCACCAUAAAAAUGCCUUCUGUCUAUUCUUCAUUUUCUCAUUUUCUCUUUCUUUGAAAUUCUUCAUAGACUUUUAACAGGCUCAUGACAAUUUUUAGCAGAAGAUUCUGGUGCACUUCAGAUGCAGUUCUUGCAGGAAUUUUACAAUAAAAAAAAUGGCAGCAUUGAUCCUAAGGCAGCUAAGGUCGGGUGCGACAAUAACUUCAGGACAUUUCUAUAAUAUUGACAAAUGCCAAGAGGUAGCGCAGAAUUAUUGCCACAUUUGCCUUUUACCCUGACAGGACAAGACGUUGUCAAACUCUCUGCUGCACAGGUGCCUUUCCUUGACAUGUUUGGUGACUACCACGCUUGAAAAUGUGCUUUAUUGAACAUAAGCUGGUUGUUAAAGGCAUUACUUCUGUGCCUUGUCAAGCAGACACAAUCUUUUCUUGCUUUCUUUUAUUGUUUUUUGUUGCACUACAGAAUGUACGCAAAACAUUGCUUGGACCCAUAUCCAGCGGCUAGUAAAGGGCCCAAUGAAGAAAGAUAUAUGAAUUUCAGGCAACCAUUUGUUAAAAUUAGAGAUGUUAUAACACAGUUUAUGGGAAACGUGCAAAAAGUUAAUAGUCACUCUAAACACUCUAGAGUACCAAUCUCCAGAAGUAAUAAAAUUGUAUAAACUAAAAUUUAAUAAAUCCAACAGGAGCGCGUAGAACUUGCUCAAGGAUUAUAGCAGCGCAAAUUGAAUGUAUACUACCACAUCACAAAGACCACAAAUAAUAUCAUAUCCCUCACAUCUCAAAGAUUGCAUAAUAUCACACCACAUAGAUCACGGAGAAUGCAUAGUAUGAUGUCACAUUGCAAAGCAAUAUCACCUCACCAACAAAAUAUGGGUAUAGGUAUGGGAUUACAUAUACAUAUCAACUGUAAGCGUGAACUCAAAGUGUGUCAUUCAUUGUAAGGUAGUGAUCUUUCAUUGCAAUAGAAAAGUUGCUGGCAAGUUUUAGGUCAUACUAUUCCAAAUUUUUGCUUCAGUAAACUCCAGCAUAUGCUCACUAUCAGCGUUUAUUUUUACGGCUAAGUUAAAAUUUCUGAUGGUUUGGUUCUGUGUUGUGCGCAAAGGAAUAUUAAAUGUAGAUAUAUCAAAUGGAAGGUUGUUUCUUACUAUAUUGUGGAAGCAUUCAGCAGUCUUUUUUCACAAAGGAGAUCAAAAGGUAGUAUGCGUAGUUUAGUAAACAGCCUGUUGAUCAAAGUCCUCAAGUUGCCAAUUCCUUUUUACCAACAAUGUGUGUUUUUUUUUUUUUUACUUGCUCUAGAGCAUAGCAUAAUUGAUAGUGCUUCCUUAACAGUGAGCCUAUUUGCUGAUGCAAGCACGCCUGCUUCAGGCAUGCAGUUGGCACAGGGGUACAUUUUGUAGUUUUGGGUGUUACAGAAACGCUAACAAAUUUCCAUGACGUGUUAUUGCACAAAGGCAAAAUGUGAGAAGGUGAGAGUGCUGCACUUUAACGGCCGUAAAUGAAGAAAAAAAAAAUGUUCGUGGGAUAUUAGCCUGAGGAGCUUUAACAAUAAAAAGUCUCUGUGUUUGCAUUUAUUUCCAGCAGUAUUAAUGUGGAAUAUUAUGUAGGGCAGGGUAUUUUUCGCUGUCAUGGCAACUAACUUUCAUGUAACGGUGGACUGAACAGCAUCAGCGCAGUUGUGCCUGCCUAAUUGAUUCUGAUAGGAAUGCAAAAUAGACUAAUGCAUAUAGGUAAACUCAAGCGGGCUCAUAACAAGCUUCACCGUAAUGCAGAAUGCAUUCACUCUUAUCAUAUUUAUGCAGUAAUUAAAUAAUAUAUUUAUUGUGUAGUCAGUCAUAUUGUAUUUUUGCACAAUAUGACUGGACUCAAAAGCUAGAGUUACAUGCAGCAGUUAAUUAUUGGCUGAGAGCACUACAAGAAAUGGCUUCCGUGAAAGUAGUCCAAUAAAUUAGGUGAAAGUUUAGGUUGGCAAGUUUGUUUUCAAAGCAAACCAAUAGCUGGAGUUUCAAGGUAGUUCAACGCCGACAGUUAACUCAUUACGUAGGCCUCUAGCAAAGACCUGCUGCUUCAAGGACAAUUUGUUAGCAUUCGUGUGUCUAAAUGUCUAAAGCGUCCAGAGUCGGUGCCAAUUGGUCCUAUUGCUUGGUAUUAGCCAGAUGAGUGCAUAGCAUAUUUUAAUUUCAUUUAUUUGUUUCUUCACAAUACAAAGAUAUUCUGCAGUAUAUUGCUGCGAUAUUGUGAAGGCACUAAUUUAUUGAUGUCGCAGUCAACAGAGCCAUCCUAUCAUAAGGAAGCAUGCAGUCAUUUUAAUUUUAUAAGAUUGAAUCAAAGCUUCAAAUUUCUACUCUCAUGGCGGUGCGAUUCAUUUUAGGUUCAUUAUUACCUUUGAGAUUGUGCCACUCGUGUGGAUCAUGUGCUAGUGUGCCUUGCACAAUCAUGUGAGCAAGAAAGGCCACAUGAAAAAAGCAGCACAGCAGAAUGUGCUGCUGGCCUUGGCAAGUGAGGUGGACUUGCAAGUUUUUUAUGAUGAGAGUUUUAAAUUCACACUUGUUUGUCACAUCUGAGACACGACACCAAAUCUUGUAUGCGAAUUCUUGUGCUUAUGGUGUAUGUAUGCAUAAUAUUUAAAUGAUAAUUUAAAAAGGUGUGCUGACUGUGUUAGUAAUUUGGGGUAGUAUGAAAAUAUGCAAAUCUACCUUUAUUGUUUGAUAUAGACAAUACUCGGGCUUGGACAAUGGUUUUUGACAAUGUUUAUGUGGACUGCUAGCACAGGUUGAGUGCUGAGUAGGAGGGACUAAAGGAGUGUAUUGAGCCAGAAGUUUAUACGAAAGCCAACUCGCGGUCUACAGUUGCACUAGUCAGUUUCAUGGCUCAUAGUGAAUGCAAUCAUUUUCGUUAAAUGACUCUCACUUGCUGGAGUGACAGCUGCCGCUGCACGAGACCUCUGUGCAUGAAGUCUUAGGUCUGACAGCGUGAUGCUGUAGCUGCAUUUUCGUGGGUGUGAAAAAAAACAAAAAAAAAAACAUCUGUCUAUAGAAAUAUAAAUGUGCAUUACAGAACUCCAGGGGGUUAGAAUCAAUCUCGACUUUUUCACGGCCAUGUCUCUGAAAUCAUAGGCAUAUUUGUUCCAAGACAUUAAGCCACUAUCAAUCCACUAAGCAACUUGCAGCUGUGCUGAGUAGAGUCCAUGGGCACCCCUUGAACGCUCGCGCUAACCAGUUAUAACUAUGCAAAUAAGCAUGUCAUACAAAACAUGGUGCAUGUCUGUGCAAGUUCUUCUCACAAGGCUGUUUUUAAUCAGUACCAUAUGUAUUUAAGGCCUCUAACGUUUUGGGCUUACGUUUGGUGUUUACGUCUGCAGAGGUUGUUACUCAUAACUAAUUGUGCUUAGUGUCAGAUAUUCUAAUUGUGUCAGGUUUUUAUAUAGAUGUAGCUUUCUGUUUAAUAUGUGAUGAAGUCAUACAACUGCUAGGGGCUGAUUUCUUUUAUGUUUUUUGGCUUGUCACCAUAAUUUUGUUAAUCAGCUGUUGCAAACAUUCAGCUAGAGCUGAGACCUCUCACUAAUAACUUUCAAGUUCAGUGUGCGUGUUUGCGCAGAGCUGAGCCAGCCUUUAGCUUAGUCAUUAGAAGAAUUACAUUUAAGCAAUUGCCAAGCAUGUUCUUCUGCUGCGAGCUUUUACAGAAUGAACAAUGAUUCUUCAUGCUCGGCUCAGGAACCUUAUCUGCGGAACAAAAGAAUUCAUAAAAUGGCUAGGUUAAACGAGUGCUGAAGAAAAGCAGCAAAACUUUUUAUAGGCAUGUAGACUCCUUUUUUAGAACACUAUCCCUGUUCUUAUGCUUAAAACAGUACAUACUUACUUGCAUAGAAAAUGUAGGGUAAACUUACAUUGUUGACAUACAUGCCUAAACAGCAGUGAACCAUUAUGUGAUAUUGUUUGAUGGUAUUUUUAUGUACCUGGGUCCUUCUUGUGCAGGAGAUGUAAAUGAAUGUCAAGCUCGGCUGUCUUUUAUUUUUUUUAAUGCUCUGUAAUAAUUUUUAUUAACAAUUUUAGCGCAUAUAGAUUGGUACCCAAAUUAUACUGUGUGUCAAGGGGAAGAAGUUGAGAUGUAAAAUAAUGUGAAGCUGAACUUUCUUUUAUUUUUUGAUGCUCUGUAAUAAUUUUAGCACUUAUAAAACGCUACCCAAAUAAUACCACAUGUCAUGGGGAAGAAGUUGGCAUUGUCAUUGUAACCCAUCUUUCAUAUUUUGUGUCUCUUCUGGUGCACCAAGCCUGCACUCGCGAUGAGAAUGAUGCACUGGCAAUUCCAAGUGUAUAUUGUACCAACCAAACUUGAAUUAGCUCUUCUCUUCAGUGAAGCCAAGUAAGCUCGCCUCGCAGACCUGAAGGAUAAAUGCACACAGCGUCAUUUCAAUGACAGGUGACAACUUUGACAACUUUAUUUUAUUCCACAAGCACUUACUAUAGUACCAUUCACAUGUGCAGUUCUCCGAGUUGGACAGUUGGGCACGUGCUGAGUUGCUGGGCACUUUUGAAACUUACAGAGCUGCAGUGUAGCAGGAGCGAUGAUGAUGACAGCACGUGGGAACUUUAGGGUGUCUCCAUGUUGUCCAGUGGUGGAAUGGCCAAGGACAAGGCUACAAGGACAAGGCUUAACCUUGAAUUGUUUGAGGACAUAGUUUACAAGACUGUGUGCUCUUGUGAUGGGCGAGGACAUGCAAAAGUUUGUUGGAUAGCAGAGAAGGUUCUUCUGUUCUUAAGCGAUCUUACCAUGAAAGACUUAAAAGGAUUGUUUUGUUUUUAUUUUGCACUGUGUUAUAAAGCGUUCGCAUGCCUUUUUUUUGUUAGUUUCAACAAUGAACGCACACCAACCUGCAGCUCGCUUUGUUGUUUUUACUCCUUUUUACUCUUCUGUUAUACCUACAUUAGUGUGGGGAAUGUAUUUUCCAUUUACACUUCAAUAAACCAAUUUGUUUUGUCGCCAUGACUUUGGAUAUCGAUAAGCUCUGGCUGCAACUAGCAUGUCUAGUACAUGCAUUUGGGAGGGUUUAGAUAUGAGGAUUUAGGUACAUGCAAGUAUUGUCAUGGCAGCAAGCUUUCCAGUUGCACUCUUGCUUUUGCUGGGUUCUGCUGAGACAACUCCCCUUUGUUGUAAGCAGCAUGGGUUCUUUUCUGCAAUGCUUCGUUUUGUUGACAUCCUUUUUUAUGCCAAUGGUUACGUUGUCUGUGGUUUUUUUUUUUCGUUUGCCUUUCGGGCCACACUGAAGAAGCACUUGAGUGGUCAUGCACUCGCAAGGUAGUGGGCACGACAGACUAUAGUUUUGUCUUAGCACUGGUCUUGCCCCACCUGAUUCGACGUACUCUCAGACGUGUGCACAUAACUGGCCCGCAAGGCUGUGGGUGAGAAUAAACUGAAGGAUGGAGAAGUGUCCAAGUCUUGUCAAAUAAAUCCGUGUGUGAACUUGAGCGGGCUCCUGCCAUUCUUUGCUGAUGACCACCAUUGACUGCCCUGUGCUGACUUGUGACUGGACACAUCACACUCCCAUUCUGUGGGUCUGAGCCUUUGCUAUCGAUGCUGUUGCCGUCAUCAUAAGGCCACAUGUACAUGUGCUUUUGUAAGUGAUGGGAAUGAGGCAAGCACUGCGCCACUGCUUAUGGUUUCCUUUUCUUGGCUCCUCCUACGCAUUGCUUCAAUCACACUGUCAUUUACGGCAUCAUUAAAGAAAGCUGCAUAUAGCAGUGAGACUGCUGCACCAUUUGGGCCAGACUUUAGCAGGGAGGGAUGGCAAUGCAUGCUAAAGCUUGUGAAACUGAUAAAGCCUAGAAAGCUUGCAGCAUGUAUCCAAGCUAGAUACUAGACUAGCUUCUCUUUUUUGUUAAUUCUUUUGAUGUAGGUUGCCACUCACUCCAGCAACAGCCUGGCAGGGCAAUGAUGCAGUAUGCAUAACUCUUGCAUACAUUGUGCCUAUGUCAUUCAUGCCCUUAGCAUUCUUGCUUGCCUGGCUUGUCGGGACUCGUAGUUGCUGACAGGCAGUAAAACCAAUGGACGUCUCUGUGGUCGCUCACUUCUUUGAGAGCAAGUGCACACACUAUGGUGGGUUCUCGUUUUCUAUGGACGAACUGGGCAAGCAAGGAUGCCAAGUGUUCGUCGAAUAAUUUGGAACAAAAGAUGUAGUUGUAUUGCAGAACUUGACAGAUAACAAAUAAGCGGUAAGCACAAAAUCCUCCUUAAGGUUGGUAGAAUAAAAAUUACUCCAUCUCCUGCUAAAGGGAACCAUCUGUGGAUGCGAAGCAGCGGGGAGAUGGUUAGCUUGAGCGGGAGAUGGUUUUGCGGCAGCGGCUCGAGCGCUCAUCGUGGCGCUGCACAGGAGAGAGAAUGAGGCGUGCGUGCUCCGUCAUUUUCAUACCGCGGAACUACCGUGGCACCCCCAGCAGAGUAUGCAGCUGUCGCACCACCUGUCGUGCGUGCUGCUCCGGAUUCCUAGAGGAGAGAAAGGGGGAGCGUAGGAGAGUAGAGAGAGGGGGAGGGGACGCGCAUGCGCUGUGGGAGUGUGGCACGCGGGCGCCAUUCCGUACAGUAGAUUUCUAGAGUAGUAAGUGGUUAUCGAGGAAAGGGAAAGGUUGACGCUA